GGCAGCGCGCUGAGGUGAAGAACCGGUUGUCGUUUUUCCUGUCUUUCCUUGACAUCAGUAGAACUCCAACGUAAUCUAUUCUUUUAAGGAUGUUGCAUUGGUACAAUGCCUUUUGAAAACAGGAAAAAGAACUUCUACUUUGAGGUUUCAAAAAAGAUUGUUGUUUCGGUUGAAAUCUGUGUGUGUCCGGAUGUUCAGUGUAGCAAAAGAUCACAGCAGUUUAAGUGGUUUAGUGAUGUUCAUCUUUUGAAACUACUGGAAAAACUAAAAGAUGUUUGUCUUGCUAGAGCGUUGUCUGCUGAAUGCUCAACUGUACAAGAGAUUCAGUAUGUAAAUGAGAUCAUAUCAGGUCCAUCUUCUUAUUUCCAUAUGAAGUACAUUUUUAAAAAGAGAGGAGUCAAGCAAUUUCUCAUCAUGCCAACUACAAUGAAAAAUAAAUAUAAAGCAGAUAACUACCAAAACAGCUAUUCUGGUGGAGGGCAUACAGAGUUCUAUUUAUUUCCAGAAAGGCUUAAGAUUUUUGUUAGCUUGGCUCCAUUGAAAUUUGGUGCAGUACUUAAAGAAAAGACCUCAGUGAAUAAGGUAGUUCCUGCUCCUAAGACUGCUAAACAAGAGACAAAAGCAGCAACAAAGGAAAAGAGCAAAUACUUUGCUAAAGACAAAGAUGCCACUCUUACUUUAUCUGCUGUCAAAAAACAAGCUAAUCUACGAAGCAUGAUUCAAAAGAUGAAGGGCUUGAGCAGUGCUGACAUUGACAGUGAUGUCACUGGCAAUAACGACCAGGAACAAGACAACUUAAAACUGCCAUCUUUUACUUUAAAUAAUACAACAUGUAAAUCAACUGACCAAGAAAAGGAAUCUAGAGAUAGUUCUGUAGUGAAUAAUGUGGAAUGUACACGCAAAAGAUCCAGACAGGAAGCUAGUUUGAAUGAGGACACAUGUACAGGAUCUGACACAGGAACUGAUGACCAGCAUGCAAAAAAUAAUGAUUGCAAUCAAAAUKACUUUGUUACAAGAAAGCCUCUAAGUAGAAAAAAGAGAAUGAAACUUACAGAUAAACAAACCAAAGAUAAAAAUCCGAACGAUUUAGAGAAAAGCGAAAGAAAAAUUAAUACCAUGAUGACUAACGAAGAUGAGGUUGUUGACAGUCCUAAAGUCAGUGAAGCAGCUCCCAGUUGUUCAGUGGCUAUGAAGGAAUCUAGAUUUCCUGACAAAGAAUGUGCAGGAAACUCGAAGACGUUGAAUGAAUAUGAGAAGAAGCAUUCAAAUCAGGAACACGAACAAGUUGUGGUGGAAGAUAAAGUUGAGGAAGGAAAACAAUAUGAAAGUAUUACGAUUGAUGAUGCUGUUCCAAGCUUUGAUAACGUCAAGAGGAUAUCUGACCUUGGAAUUAACCACAUCAACUUUCUGCUUCAAAAGCUGGAAAAGAAACUCAAGCGUAUCUUCAUGGGAAAGGAAUAUUGCCGCAGACAUGAAGAUUAUAAAAGAGGAGGUAGAAGUAAAGGGGACCUCGCUUUCCAAGUGCGUUUUGGUUUGUAUUCUGAAGAACAGCAGGAAGCAAUAAUGAAGGAAUUAAUGUCAAUAUUCUGUUCACGACACAACAAGUACCUUGAUUAUAUCACCAAAGUUCUACUACCUGAAACAUUUAUUCRUAUCUACAUGGAAUUAUUUGGAGGCAAGCAUGAUGAGGUUGAGCAUAUAUUAAUGGGAAAUGAGAAACGGAAAGAAACUAGUCAGACAGAUGGAAGUUCGACAGAAUGAAGAACGAAAAAUAGUAAUACAGUAAUAACCAAAGAAAACCAUUUAUAUUUCUAUCAUAGUUUUGCUACAGAGGCACAAAUAUAAUAUUAUGAAAUUAAAGUUGAUGUUCAAUAAAUAUUCCACAGUAUUAAUGUGUGAUAA